AUGAGCAGGCGUUAUCUCGAACGCAUGUCUGGUCGUAUUGCCUCGGCAGCCAAUGACAUGGCCAGGCUAUGGGACGCCAAGAUUAGAGUUGUUGGCUCUGCUGCAUUUGACGCGGAUUUAGAUCUCCAGUUAGCUACGAUGGACGCUAUUGUGAACAUUACCAUGGGAUCUCCGCUCGGCUGUGUCGAGACUGCCUACAACGCAUUGUCGGCGGAAGUGAUCCAGUCGAAUGGUAUAGUUCAUCUUCCACAAUUCGACCUUCCUCCACUACACGAGGCUCUGAGAGCGAUGAUGGAAAGCAUCGAGAGGGCGAGCGGGUCUCCAUUCCCUAUGCUUUCAGCCAGGCUCUUUACUUACACGUCCCCCGUGUGGAGAAAGCAAUACAAGCUAUUGAACUCAUUUCUCUCUAACGCUAUUUCUUGCUCUCGAGAACGGGAAGCGAUCUUAGGCAACAAGGGAGAAGGACUAGCAACCGAUGCCGAUUGUGUACUGGAUAUGAUUAUCCAGCGGGAAGCUCGUGAGGGAGCCGAAGCGUUCGGUAAGGGAGAAAUGCUCGACGAAUUGAUGACAUAUGUGUUUGCCGGGCAGGACACGACAGCCGCUUCUUUGGGGUGGUUAGUCAAGUUUCUUCCCCAAGAUCCUGAGAUACAACUUCGACUUCACAAUGAAGUAUGCAAUGUGUUUGGUCCGGGAACUGAAUCAGACGAGUUCUUGGAUUUCAACUUGUUGGAUGACCAUAUACGAGUACCUAUUCUGGAAGCUGUGGUAGCAGAGACUCUGAGGUGUGCUGGUGUAGCAUCUCUUACGGGAAGAGAGCAUUUCAAAGUAACUCAGGACGAGAUAAUUUUGGAUAGGGUGGUUCCAAAAGGAACACAGUUAAUGUUCACCACUUCAUUAAUGAGCACUAACCAACCAGAAUGGGGACCUGAUGCUAAAAAAUGGCGACCUAGUCGAUGGUUAACACCAGAGGGUGCGUUCAAUCGGUCCGCCGGAACAAGUAUCCCAUUCGGUUUGGGACAGAGGUCAUGUUUCGGCCAGCGCCUUGCUGUUCUCCAGGUCAAAAUGUUUGUGGCUACGAUGUCGAGGGCAUUCUUCUUUAAACCCGUUCCAUCUGAAGUCGAUGUAUGGAACGAAAUCUGGAAGAAACAUCGUCGUCUUUCGGGGCCUAGCAUGAGUCGGCGUUAUCUUGAGCGUAUGUCCGAACGCAUUGCUGCAGGGGCAAACGACCUGGUUGGACUUUGGCAAGCCAAGUACACGCUGGUCGGAUGCAGUGCCUUUGAUCCAGUUUUGGAUUUCCACCUAGCUACAAUGGAUGGUAUUGUCAACGUAACUUUAGGCCAUUCGAUUGGUUGUAUGAAGCAUGCAUAUGAUGCUCUGCCUUCAAGCGUUCAAUAUUCAAGUAGCGUCGUCCACUUUCCACCUGUCGAUCCGCCUCUCCUAUACAAAUCAGGCAAAUUUAUCGUGAAGGAGGUUGAAAGAUCACUUCAAUCGCCAUUCCCGGCACUUACAACCUGGCUGUUUACAUAUACUUCCCUUACAUGGUGGAAACACUACAAUUUUAUUGCCUCGUUCUUUACUACCGCUAUAGCUCAGGCACGGGAACGGGAAACCGAACUGGGCGAGGCAAAACAGGGACUAUCCACAAAUGCUGACUCUCGCGAAGGACGCGAAGGAGAGGAGGCCUUUGGAAAAGAGAACCUACUUGAUGAGCUCAUAAUGUACAUCCUUGCUGGUCAGGACUCAACAGCUGUGUCACUGAGCUGGUUGUUUAAAUACCUUUCAACAAAUGCCAAUGUCCAGCGCCAGCUCCACGACGAAAUGUGUGCCGUAUUUGGUCCUAGCGAAGAGUCGAAUAAUCUGGACUUCGAUCUAUUGGAUAACUCUGAGCGCGUGCCCAUCUUGGAAUCUGUUGUGGCAGAGACUAUGCGGUGCGCUGGUGUAGCGGCUAUCAUAGCUCGGGACCUUCUUCAGGACGAGGUUAUCUUGGGGAGGCACGUUCCAAAAGGAGCACAACUGAUGUUUACUACCAAAUUAAUGAGCCAAAGCGAGACCGAGUGGGGGCCAGAUGCGAAAGCGUGGCGACCUAACCGAUGGUUGAACUCUGAUGGCACAUUCAACCGAUUGGCUGGGCCUAGCAUCCCAUUCGGUGCAGGGCAGAGGUCAUGCUUUGGACAAAGGCUUGCGAUUCUUCAGCUAAAGACAUACCUUGCCAUUAUAUCCAGGGCUUUCUUCUUCAAGCCUGUACCGCCCGAAGUAGAUGAUUGGGGGGUUGUUGAGGUAGUUACCAGUCGGCCCAGAAUGUGUUAUGUCUCUUUGGAGAGAUGGGAUUCAAAGAAUGGUUCUUAA